UCGCGAAAAGAACGGCCGAUAAGGUCACUCGCUGUCAUUUUCGCAAAUACCGAGUGUGCUGAAAAUCAGAGGUGCUCAGUUGGUGCUUCUUUGAGCGGACUUUGCGUGGAUUUUAUUAGAGAUUUCCUCUUGCUGGCUAUUCAAUCGUCUACAUCAACAUCCAACCAUUACUGCGCAGCUGUCUCCUAUUUUUGCAAAUGCAGAAGAGUAUCGUCGCCUUUUUUCAAGAAACGUUCGUUAAAGUUUUAAUCUAAAAAUAAACAUUGUCACACGUCACCGAAGGAAGCGAGAGAGGACACCCAAUUAAAAUCGCAUCACUAAUGAUAGAGAGAGACCAGAACAGAUAAUUAGAAAAACAAGUUGCAGAAAGAAAGCACAGGACGGGAAAUAUGGAAAAUGCGGAAAGUAUUCACAGGCGCACAUCUGCGGCAUGCCAGUGGACCGACUGACUGUGAUUUUUCAUCAUAUUUUGCAUUUUCCGCGCGCGCUCAACUUGGAAAAACCGUGGUGCACGCUUUUUUCACCCGGCGCGUAUCAAUUUAUCAAAAUCGCCACACUCAAAGAGUCACACGAACGGUUUAAACGGUGUGAAUCACUCAAAAUCACCUCAACAACAAGAUACACCCGGGUAUCGUACGGAUUGCAAAAGACGUUGACGAAUGACAGUCGUGUUUAGUGAAAAAUACAAAAACAAACGCUGAGUAAGUGUUUUUAGCGUAUAUGUCGAUAAGUUACCGGUUGGUUUUAAAACAAAACUGUACACAUUUGUGGACAAAGUAAGUAGCCUCUAGUUUUCAACAAAUAAAAACUUGCAGUAAUAGAGUGCACAGUAUUACAAUAAAUAUAUAAAUAAGUGACAAUAAAACAAAAUGUUACCAACAAAAAAGUCUGAAAAUGAAUUUUUAACAUAAAUGAAACGUUUAUAAAUAUCAAUUUAGUGAAAGAAGUUUGUCAACAUUUUAAAACAUAUCAACAAUUGAUCUUAAAGAGACAGAGUACAAAACUGCUGUGACAACCUAAACAUUUGACUACUUUUUAGCUACUUAUUAAACAUGUUCUAAACCCAACCGUCAACAAAGACUCUUAUUCGUGCGAUGUCAGUAGAUGUCUGGAACUGCUAAUCGAAGACAAUGCAUCUGGGCAGUGAAGUUUCUUCAACCACCGGUCACUACGACCGCAGUUACGGAAAUUUGACAGCAGAAAUGCUCGCGGAAAGAACUAUCGACGGUCUCCUUGCUGAGCAUCCUGGAGAGUUGGUGAGAACUGGGUCUCCGCAUGUGGUUUGUACCGUUUUGCCGCCUCAUUGGAGGUCCAAUAAGACUCUGCCGGUGGCUUUUAAGGUUGUGGCGUUGGGGGAUGUCGGGGAUGGGACUGUAGUGACUGUGAAAGCGGGGAAUGAUGAGAACUAUUGUGCGGAACUGCGGAAUGGUACUGCUGUUAUGAAGAACCAAGUGGCCAAAUUUAAUGAUUUGAGGUUCGUUGGCAGAAGUGGAAGAGGGAAAAGUUUCACCUUAACGAUAAUCGUCUCGACAUCACCGCCCCAAGUAGCAACCUACAGUAAAGCGAUCAAAGUAACUGUGGAUGGACCAAGGGAACCAAGGUCGAAAACCCGACAACAAGGAUUCCACCAUUUUCCCUUUGGACCAAGACCUUUUGGACAGGACCCCCUAACGGGAAAUUUACCCUUUAAACUAACUGGCAUUGCCCACCAUUUAGCAGGUCUUCCAGGUCCUCCUUCGGAAUGGGCAUUAUUAGGAGGAAGGCAUCCCUAUCCCCAUGGUCCGUUUAUGGGUCAUCAUCACCCCCACUUUCCCCACCAUAUGUUUGCCGCUUUGGACCGUCCAGUUUCUUCUCCAAGGAUAGCAAAUGAACCAUCUUCAACAUCGUUGGGCCCUAUAUCGAUAAACUGCAGCAGCGCACACAGUACAACGUCACCGAAAACCUCGCCGAACACCCAAGUAGGCCUUCUCACGACAGCGAGAGAGCCGCAAUCACCUCAAGAAGACGACAUAUCCGUAACUGCUUCCCCCAAUCCAUCUCCGCCGCCACAAACUACGUUUCCUGGUAUACCUACUCCACAAAUUCAAAACAACCAGUUGUUCAACAAUGCUUUGGCUGCCAGUCUAUUUUUGAAUACUCCAUUGAUUCCACCUCCAGGCCAGUGGUUUUAUUCGCAGCUGUAUCCGCACGAUUGGAGUUGGAUGAAUUUUAGAAACAACCAGCUGAUGUCCAGGAUAUCUUCUCAAGAAGACUCCUUCCAAAACCCAGACAGUUCUAGUGAGAAACUAGACGUAACAGAGAUAGAAGACGAAACGGAAGACAAAGACAUUAAAGAACCUAUAAAAGAGUUUUCGAACGAUAUCGAUAGUGACCUAAGUAAAAACGGCAACAAAGACGCGUCUAAAGAGAUUAAACUGUGUGAAGGUGUCAACUUGAGUGGAAAAGUUCGGAAAGCAUCAGUUACUUUGGUGAAACAUAAAGACGAAGUGAGUUCUAGUAAUAGGGAUAAUACUAAGUGUUCUAAGGAAAAUAAUAGGCAUGUAUGGAGACCGUAUUAAUAUGAAUAUACAUAGUGUUGUUGUACAUAGUUUAUUUUUAACAAAAUUUGUUAUCUUGAUAUUUAGUUUGUUAUAUUAAUAAAAGAAAAAUCCUUGUUUGGGAAAACUUGGUCCGUGAACUAACUUUGGUAAAUAUUCUAGAAUUUCUUAAUCAAACACAUUGCUUAUAUACAUGGUGGCUCAUCCUAUAUGAGUUGUUCUCUUCUCUGUACGGAAAACGAUUUAAUAUUCAAAGUUUUUGAAGCAAAGCUUCUAUACUGGCGUUGUAUUAAUUUUUCUCUAUAGUAAAAUACUGAGGCGAUCGUCACGAAAGUAUCAUGAUGAAAUAGUUGGAAGAGCUCAUUUACGAAACGAGGGGAGUCCAUUAUACCACAUGUAAACUUUUUAAAUUUCAUUACAAUUUGUAACAACGAUAUUAACUAACGGUUUUAUGUACUUUCGAAUGUACAAAAUAAUUGUUUUAAAUAAAUAAAUAAACAUUGUUUGUCAUUGAUGAUAAAAAUGGAAAAUAAUAAAAAAAUGAUAAAAUUACUUUAUUUAAUUUUAAAAAUAUUAUUUAAAAUUUAGAAACACAGAAAACGUGGUAUGAAGCUUUACUUUUUUUUCAGAGGAAUAUACAGGGCAAAUUUGUGAUUGGGUCUUAAUAAAAGACUAUUCAAUCGUUACUUGAUUGAUGUUUAUUUUAUUUAAUAAUAAAACACCGAACUUUGUUUUCUAUACUUCCACACAAUUUGUUAUAAAUUAACCUGAUUUUCUGUUAUUGAAAGACCAUAUGUGUUCGGCUAUACAUUUGUUUAAGGUCCUACCAGUUUGACCGAUGUAAGUUUUUGAGCAGUCGCCACAUACAAUUUUGUAUACCCCAGAGUGUACGUGCUUUUUCUUUUGGCUCUUGUUAUUCUUAAUAUAUUUUCCUAGGUUGUUUGAUCUAAUCGUUAUUCCUUUAUUUUUUUAUCUGUUUGGCUAUUUUAGUUGAUAUUUUGCCUGUAUAUGGAAUCGAGAAGAAGGUAGUGGGAUUUUUGUCUGAUGGUAGAGAGACUAAUUUCAGGGUUUUCUUAUGCCAAAAGCUCUGCUAAAUAGGACAAAUAAUCGUUAUUCCUUUAUUUUUUUAUCUGUUUGGCUAUUUUAGUUGAUAUUUUGCCUGUAUAUGGAAUCGAGAAGAAGGUAGUGGGAUUUUUGUCUGAUGGUAGAGAGACUAAUUUCAGGGUUUUCUUAUGCCAAAAGCUCUGCUAAAUAGGACAAAUAAUAUUUUAUUAAUGCUUGAAAUCAAAUUUGUCACCCAUUCGUAAAUUUGUACAUAUUUAUUUAUUUAAUUUUUUCAAUCUUACAUUUAAAACAAUUAAAAUAAAUCAAAACAUCCUGUAUUUAGUUAUAUUUACUUACAGGGAACCCUAAUAGAAGUAUAGUUUACUGUUUAAACUUCUUCUUCUUUUUCUUUCCAUAGUCGGUUCGCUAAACUCAGACACAACUGGCUAUUGAUUUUAGUAAGUAAUUUUGCCAAUUUGGUAAAAUUGGCAAAAAAAUAACUACUAAAUAGUUAAUAACUACUAAAUAGUUAACAAUUUUGCCAAUUUUGACAAAAUUGGCAAAAAAAAAAUUGCCUACUAAAAUCACUAGCCAGUUUUGUCUGAGUUUAGCGAUCCGACUAUAUCAUGAUUGAUCAUGCUAGUACUUUACUGUCUGUUCAUAGUGUUCAUUGCCAUCAGGUCUUCUCUAACGCUGAGGUCCAGCAUUCUUGCCAUUGUUUUGGUGGUCUACCCUUUGGUCUUUUGUUUUGCCAAUUGUUUAAGCCAAAUUCCAAAAUGUCAUCAAAUAUAGGGUGUUCCAUAAGAAAAAAAUAUAUGUAACUUUCAUAUAUCACUAUUUUUUGGAGCAUCCGGUAUAAUUCGUAUUAUUUUUAAAUUACAGUAUUAAUAGCCCUAUAUAUUUCUAUUAAGAAAAAACUUUGAAUAUUAAUGAACCAGGUAAUGUUUAUAUAUCUAUAAGUUGACAAAAAAUACAAUACUAACAGAAGUAAUUGGAAUGAGGACUGAUGCAAGGAAAACUGAACAAGCCCUAAAAGAAUUAAAAUAAAACGAUACCAUCCAUAGUAGCGAAAAGUAGACGGGAACGAGUUAAGAAACAAGGACAUAAGGGAACAUUGGAAUAUUCAAGACAUAUUCAUGAUAUAAUAGUCAAAAUUUCAAGACGUGGUAGGCCAGUCGAAUGGAGAGUAGUAUAAAACCUCCAAAAGGAUGGUCAAAUAGCUGGUCAUCGGAAUUGCAAAUAUUAUCAAACAUAUACUAGGAAACACAGAUCAUGAUUCUUACGUAAGAAGAAGAAGAAAAAAACUACAUAACAGACAUGCCAAAGAAACUAAUGAAAUAAUAAAGGAGUUCAGAAAAUAACCUAAAUAAACAAUUCAGUUUUUCCUUAUCAUCAAAAGCAAGAGGAUUACUACUAAAAAAAUUGCCCUUUAGAUUUCGAUGCUUUAUCGAAACUUUCCAUAAUAUUUGUUUGUAAUAUUUAAUAAUAAUAAACAAUGGAAUACCUACAUAUUUUUCAAAAUGUUAUAGUUUAUUUCCAGGUUUUUCAUUAUAUGUAUAUAAUUUUUUCGAUAUUAUUUCAUGUAGAAUACUUUAUGUUGAUCAAUAAAAUCCUGAUUGUUGCAA